AUGGAACAGCCCUUUGAAGCAACCACGAUUCCGAUGGAGGAUUUAAUAUUGAAAAAACCAGAUAGUGGCCCUCUGGAAAGUGAAUUUGAUCUGUUCUUUCGCAAUAUUUCGUAUUGUGUGAAACAAAAGCAUGAUCGUACGCAUUCCGCGAUCCUGAAGAACCUCUCGGGUUCCUUUCGAUCCGGUCGCCUCGUAGGAAUAAUGGGGCCUUCCGGAGCUGGUAAAUCAACGCUGUUAAAUGUGCUCAGUGGAUUUAAGAAAGCCAAUGUCACUGGCGAAUUGAUGGUAGAUGGACAGCUUUUAUCGGAACGUCGCAGCCGCAAACUUGUUUCCUAUACCCAGCAAGAGGUCAAUCUGUGGCGAAGCCUUACCGUAGAGGAAAGUCUCAAGUACGCGGCCGAGUUCAAGCUUGGUAAAAGCAGUACAGCACAGAAGCAAACUAAAGUUCGAGAGUUGCUGGAAGUUCUGGGAUUGGAAUCUUGUGCUACGACACUCACUGACGUAAUCUCAGGUGGACAAGCGAAGCGCCUCGCAAUCGGACUCGAACUACUAUCUGACCCAAAAGUGAUGCUGCUGGACGAACCAACAACAGGUCUAGAUUCGGUUUCCGCUUAUCAGGUGUUGGCUCAUGUCCGAGAGCUUGCCGCCCGAGGGCGCAUCAUCGCUUGCGUCAUCCAUCAGCCGAACUCUCAACAACUGCAGCUCAUCGACGAUCUGUUUGUGCUGGCCAGAGGACGCCGCAUCUACAGUGGCCCAACCAAUGAGAUGGUUCCUCGCUUUGCAAGUUUCGGACUCCAUUGUCCUGUUUCAUACAAUCCGGCGGAUUAUGCCCUGGAUAUUGCCAGCCUUGAUCAGGAGGAUGACCGUCUGAAACGACUUAUGAUGGAUGAAGAGAAGGACAUCUUUGACUAUAAAUUCUCUAUUUUAAAUCGCGUCAAAAGCGUUGACGAGACUUAUCAACGAUACGGCCUGACAACAUUCCAGCAGCUCGGGGUGUUACUACGGCGUACAGCCUUGUGCGUGGCGAAAGAUUCGUUCCAGCUAAAGGCGCGAUUUGCUAUCAACGUUGUGGUCGCUUUGCUAAUCAGUAUCGCUUUCUACAACACCGGCAACAAUGCUGAUCGUCUACUGUCCAACACCGCAGUGCUCAUAAUAUCCUUAUACGCAAUUUUCUUCUCAAGCAUUGUUUCAGCUGUUUUGGUUUAUCCUCGUGAGUCGGCGUGCUUCGUCCAGGAGAGUAAAAAUAAUUGGUACUCGCUUAAGGCAUACUACUGGGCCAAAAUUAUCAUCGAGAUACCUACACUGUUUAUCUCAUCCCUGGUGUACAUCAUCCUCGUAUACUACUUUACCUCACAACCGUUGGAGGUGUUUCGCUUUGUGUUGUUCGCUGGAAUGUGCCUCCUGUUCGGUUGGAUUUCGCAGAUGCUUGGUCUUCUCUUGGGUAGCCUCAUGUCGGUUCAGACUUCUGUCUUUUGCAGUAUCAUGGUGGUCGUACCGGCAUCUCUGUUCUCCGGCUUCUUCAUUCCGUUGCGUGACGCCAACUUUUUACUUCGUCCGCUAAUGUAUGUGUCGUUCGUGCGUUACGCAUUCGAAGGUUCCCUCAGUGCGAUCUACAGCUAUGAUCGACCUGAUCCCGAGUGUCCUGAAGUGUUCUGCUAUUUCGGCAAGCUGAAAAAGUUUCUUGGUUUCAUAUCGCUGCCAGAAUUGGCCUAUGAAUAUGAUCUGUUAGCUCUCUUCAUCUGGAUUGUGUGCCUUAUGCUGGCAGUGUAUUUGAGCCUGCGAAGAAGAAUCAAAUCAGACUAA